CUGAAAAUGCAGUCAUCUUCUGGUUUGCAAGGAAGUUGCUACUUACAAGAUGAAUAAGUUUCUUGUGCUAGUAGUCUGUGUGCUUGGCACCGUGUCCGCUGGUCGCAUUGUCCAGCGUGACUACGAGAGGGACAUUGGCAGUGUUGAUCAGCGCGUCGUGCGCAUGUCCAAGGAGGACUUGCUGCGCCAGAAGUUUAUUCUAGACAUUGUGCAACAAGUUCAACAGCCCUUGCAGCAGGAUGAUCUUAUUGAGCUGGACCAGGGCCUUAUUAUCAACCCAGAGCGCUAUCGCGGUGGCAUCGAUAAGGAAAUGCAGCGCGUGAUCGACUUGGACCGUCAGCGUCGUCUCCUGGAUGAGCGCGAGGUCUAUAGCAUUCGCAAUGUGGAGCAUGUUCAGCAGUUGCGUGGCAUCUACCGCCUGCUGGUGCGCGCCAUCGACUUUGAGACCCUGGAGCGCAAUGUCGUCUAUCUGCGACGCAACGUUAAUCCCGUCCUGCUCAUCAACGCCUUGACACUAGCUAUCCGCGAUCGCGAGGACACCCAGUCGCUAAUCGUUCCUGCUGUGCAGGAGAUAUUGCCCGAAUUGUAUCUUGACCAGCAGAUAUUGGAGCGCGUCCAGCGUGUGCAGGCGCAGAUUGAGAACAGCCCGCGACCCUCUUUCGUGGAUGUGAUCGGUCUAGGCCAGCGCAUCCGUCAGAUGAAUCCGGUGAUGCGCAUGGUUAUGCCAUGGCGCGAUCUGCACUUGCAACUGGCACUGCGUAAGCAACAGAUGUGGCAGCAGAACCAGAACCGUGUGGUGUUGCCUGCUCAGAAUAUUCAGGACGAUCAGGACAUUUCGCUGCUCACUGAGGACAUCGGCCUGCGCAACUUUAUGCAGAGUCUAAUCCAAGAACUGGCUUUGCUCGAGGACAACUCGAACGUCCGCCCACUGACCAGCAACGUUUUGGAUAGGGACAUCAAAUUGGAAGAUGAGGAUCGCAUGCUGGGAAUUAACAGCCGCCGCAUGGUCCAGCAGCUGAACGAAGAUGAAGACAUCUAUGGCAACCAGCGCGACAAUGAUGACGACGAAGCGAUACCUUUCAGAAAUCAACUGGUCGGCAAUCGAGUUCCUCUGCUGCGUAACAUAGGACAGGGCCUCAGACGUAUGCUGGGUGGUAACUGGGAAGAGCGCACCUCGACCAAUGACAUCAACGACUUGCCCACCGUGGACGCUCGCAGCGAUCGCUUGGUGCAUGUCGGUCGUCGUCGCCAGAACUUGAACCGCAUCGAGCCUGAGGAUGAGCAGCUGCAGUCGCGCCGUUGGGGCAUCGUUCGUGGCGAGCGAUUGAGUGAGGGCCGCCGUGUGGACCAGGAGCUGACUGGCAAGCGCAGAAACUUGAUUGAGGAUAACCUGCAAGACCUUACCGAUAACUUGGAAUCCGUCCCUCGUAAUGAUGAUCGUCUGGUGUACAUCAAUAAACGUCGCCUGGGUCAAACGAACGAUAACUUGAUUGGAGAAGGCCGUCGUAUGGGCGCCAUACAGGAUGAGGACAUUCUGCAGCUGAUUCGCCGCGAUAACCGCCUGAAGAAAUUGAGCGAUGAGGAGAUCAGUGAGAUGGUGCGUCGCAACCGCGACCGCGAGGAGCAGAAGCAGCAGGAACGCUUUCUGCGUGUUAACCGCCAGGACGAAAACAUCCGCUCUGGAGCUGACAACCUCCAAGCUGUGCGUCGUGAUGAUGAGCGAUUGGUGCACAUCAACAGACGUCGCGUUAACCAACAAAUGGAAAAUCUGACUCCGCGUCGUGUGAACACAAUUGCAGAGGGUCGUCGCGUUGAUGGCGAGGAUACAAUGAAAGUUGAGGACAUUAUGCGUCUGAUCCGCAGCGACAAUCGUCUAAGCGAGCUCAGCGAUGACGAGAUCAUCGAGAUGCUGCGUCGCAAUCGCCAGCACAAAGAGCUGGGACAGAAACUGAACGUGGAGCAGGGACACCGCUACCGACGCAGCUUGGUCAACACUCUGGACAUAUCCGCGACUCGACGCAGCGAGGUUCUACUGCAAACUCUGCGCCAGCUGUUGGCACGCCUGAACCAGGAACGCAUUGCUCUGCGCGUCAAUGAUGAGUUGCAGAUGCCCGGCAGCUCCCGCCUGAAUAUAGCUGAUCAAGCUCAACGCUAUGCCAUCCGCUUGAACGACAUGCGCCUGGACUCCCGUCGCAAUCGAGUCCUGCUUGAGCAAAUUAAUGCCAUUGAGGGUCGCCUGCAGCAGGUGAUGGAACUCGUGAUCCGUGAGAUUAGCAAUGGCAACAUCCGUAGAUCUGGCGUGCAGCAAAUCGACGAGCAGCUCCGCUUGGAGCGUGUGAUUGGCGAUGUUCUCAUCGGGCGCAUUGGUGACAUUGGAAUCCUGCGCAUAUUGCGUGAGCUGCUCCAGGACACCACUGUGCGCAUGGACCGCUCUGGCCUGGGCAUGGGCGACCGCGUGCUGCUGCACACCCUACGCAGAAUCAUCGGCAUUGUGGAUGAAAUACGCGAGCAGCAGUUGGGCGUCUAUAACCGUGAGAGCCUGGACUUGCAGGAUGUCGUCAUCAACGGUCUGCGCGUGGACAAACUGCGCACUCGCAUCGAGGACAGCGACAUUGAUGUGACCAACCUGGUCGGUCAGCCUCUGCAGUCGCAAAUGAUGGUGCGCCAACGUCGUCUGAACAACAAGCCCUUCACCAUUGACAUGGACAUAAGCGCGAACGGCCCACAGGAUGUGAUCAUUCGCCUGUUUUUGGGACCUCGCCAGGAUGUGAAUGGCCGUGAGCUGCCCCUGGAGCAGCGCCGCUCGGACUUUGUGCUUCUGGAUGCCAUCAAUACCCAACUGCAGAGUGGCCGCAACCGCAUUCAGUACCGCUCGACGAACAUUGCCUGGACAACCCGCGAUGCCACGCCCUACAGCGAGAUCUACCGUCGUGUGAUGACUGCUCUGCGCGAUCAGCAGGAUCAGCUUAUUGUCAGCGAUCUGGUUGGCGAGAACGGCAGCUUCCCUCAGCGCUUGCUGCUGCCUCGUGGCCGCCCCGAGGGUCUGCCCAUGCAGUUGCUAGCGAUCGUCUCACCCGUCGAGCGCCUGGAACGCGAUCUGCCGAUUCGCAUGAAGCGCCUGGAUGGCGUUAUGGGCGUGAGCGUAGCUUCCAUAAUGGACAACCGUCCUCUCGGCUUCCCCCUGGAUCGCCGCAUCGAGAACGAGCAGCUGCUGUUGGAGCUGCCCAACGUACAGCUGGAGGAUGUUCUGAUUGUUAGCGAUAACUAAGCAGAGGAAACCAUGUGCCAAACCAUUCCCCGACCGACUGACCGAUGUAGCGACCCCAAUCAACUCGUUCUCCGAUGUCUCCGAAAUGUUAUAGUUAUAUGUAGUAAUUUCUUUCUUGUGUAAUCCCUAAAUAAAGCUAUGCAACUGAUGCAUAAGUGCAUUAAA